UAUCGAUAGAGCGAAACACUCUAACAGCUGUCAUCCACUAAACGAAAAUCAGCUGUUUGUUGUUUUUAAGAGCUGGUAGAAAAUUUGUUGAGCUUAAAAGCCAUAAGAUGCCGGAGCCGCGCAGUCCAAUGGCCAGCUUCGCACAAUCUGUGCAAAAUACUAUUGAUGGACCAAUAACCUGGUUCCGUGAGACAAUUGUGGAACCGAAUCAACAAAAAUACAACUGGUACCAUCAGCGUUUCAACCGUGUGCCGACAAUCGACCAAUGCUAUACGGACGAUGCUGUCUGCCGUUUCGAGGCCGAUCAACAAUUCCGCCGUGAUCGCAUGGUGGACAAUGAAAUUUUAAACAUAUUGCGUCAACGUUUUGAGGAUUGCAUGCUCUACGAGGCACCCGAUCAUAUGGUCAAGUGCCGUCCCUUGUUGGAUACGUACGAGAAGGCCACGGAGAAUUGGUUUAUCAAGUAUGGUGACUUGGGUGGUUAUGCCAAUGCCAAGACUGCGUAUAUGAAGCAAAAGCAUCGUCUGAUUUGGGAACGUCGCCAUGGACCUGUGGGCAGCGGCAUGAAGGAUGAAGAUAAGUUGGGUCAUUAGUCAAAUUGACAGCAAUUUGUAAUGUUUGAUGUGUGAAAAAUACAUGAGUUUAGUCGGAAAAAA